AUGAAAGAUAAACGAUGUGAAAAAAGCAAUCGGAAUAAAUGUAAAGCUAAACAAAAUGAAAGUUUAUCAAAAGAGAAGAAAUGCGACGAAUUGGCGCAAUUGCGCAACAAUACCGUAACUCAACGGCAAAUGGAUAACAAUAUCGGCGAAAACAUUAGUGUGCAGGGAAUUCAAGGAGCUCCAAAUGCUACCGGAUCAACUUCUAACCGACAGCCGACAAAUUUGGAUAUUCAGCGCACAACCAGAAAUUCAUCUUCUCUGGCUAUUGCUCCAAUUGCUUUAAUUUCAAAUCCUCCAGUGAUUUCAAAUGCUUUAGGUGCUAUGACUUCAAAUAACAUGCAACGAAUUCUUAGAAUAGUUCGACAUGUUCCAAGCAAUCAAGAACAGGAACGUUUCAUUAGAGAUAUAUCCGGAGAUGAGGCAGCGGAAGGUCAUUUAAAUGGACAGAUUGCUAUUGCAGUUCCAGAUUGCAGAGAGAGAUUAAAUGCUAAUCGGAGUAGACCAGAUAGAUUUCGAACUCCUUUGCAAUCAUCGAAAUUAUAUUUUAAACACUGCAGUGAUCUUCUGAUGGCACCAAAGAAGCGCCGUUGUCCUCCGUAUUGCAAACUGACAAAAGCCGCAGCGCCAUUCAUAUUAAGACUACCAUAA